AUGAGAUGGAUACCAGUUUUAUCAAAGCGAACUAUGUUUAUUUGUUUCAUAUUGUUAUUUCUAUUAUAUUUAUUUUAUGCUUUGAAUUCUUGUUUAGUUGACGAAAACAAGUUUACAAUAAAAUACAUAAUAUUGAAGCAACACAUAACGAAGUACAAGGCAGCUGGUGCGCAUUUCGCUUCACUUUUUGGAUUCCACGUGGAUGAAAAUUAUAAAUACAGACAUUUGAACCAAAAUCAAGUGCCGGUGAAAAGAUUACCUGACGCACUUAUUAUUGGCGUUAAGAAAUGUGGAACUAGAGCAUUACUGGAGUUCCUAAGAUUACAUCCUGAUGUGCGAGCCGCGGGGUCGGAGGUUCACUUCUUCGAUAAAUUUUAUCACAAAGGCUUUGAAUGGUAUAGGGACAGAAUGCCCCCCACUCUUGAAGGGCAGAUUACGAUGGAGAAGACCCCUUCGUACUGGGUAACGAGAUCAGCUCCAAAGCGUGUGUACGCCAUGAAUCCUAGCGUCAAACUGUUGGCGGUUGUCCGAGAUCCAGUCACUCGAGCCAUCAGUGAUUAUACGCAGUCAGCUAGUAAAAGACCAUCACUCCCUCGUUUCGAAGACUUGGCCCUGGUGAACAGUUCGGCCGGUUGGGGAGGAUCACCAUCAGUAGUAGACGCAUCAUGGCCGCCAGUUAGACUGGGAGUAUAUGCGAGGCCAUUGCGACGCUGGCUGCGAAGGUUCCCGAGAGAAAGGCUUUUGCUGAUCAGUGGGGAGAGAUUGGUAGCUGAUCCUGCAGCUGAAAUGGCAAGAGUGCAGGAAUUCCUGGGCCUGAAACGCGUGAUAACAGAAAAGCACUUCUAUUUCAACUCUACCAAGGGCUUCCCUUGUUUACUGAAGUCUGAAAGUCGGUCUACUCCACACUGCUUAGGCAAGACUAAGGGUCGAAGUCACCCGUACAUAGAUCCUAGAAUUCUAAAAAGACUGAGAGACUUCUACAGGCCGUUCAAUGAGAGAUUUUACCAGUUGGCUGGGAUGAACUUCGGAUGGCCUUGA